AAUGCAGCCGUGGUGGGAAAAGGAUUCUUAGCAAAAGGCAUCACCUUUGAAAACUAUGCGGGACCAAGCAAGCACCAAGCAGUAACCCUUCGGAGUAGCUCAGACUUAUCUGCUUUCUACCAAUGCAGCUUUGUUGCAUACCAAGACACCCUCUACCUCCAUUCCCUUCGUCAAUUUUAUCGCGAGUGCGACAUUUAUGGAACAGUCGACUUCAUCUUUGGUAACGCAGCCGUAGUUCUCCAGAACUGUAACUUAUACGCUCGUAAACCAGACCCAAAUCAGAGGAACCUGUUCACUGCCCAAGGAAGAGAAGAUCCAAACCAGAAUACUGGGAUUUCAAUCCUGAACUGCAAAGUGGAAGCUGCUGCUGAUUUAGUUCCAGUUCAAUCAUCAUUCAAGAAUUAUCUAGGACGUCCCUGGAAAGAAUAUUCGAGAACUGUCUUUCUUCAAUCGUACAUUGGCAGCUUAAUAGAACCUGCUGGAUGGUUGGAAUGGAAUGGUAAUUUUGCAUUGAAGACACUGUACUAUGGAGAGUACAUGAACAGAGGACCAGGUUCAAAUACUAGUGUUAGAGUGAAAUGGCCUGGUUAUAGAGUCAUCAACAGUUCCGCCGAGACCAGUCAAUUCACAGUUGGGAAUUUCAUUCAGGGAGGGGAAUGGCUACCAGCCACAGGCUUUCCUUUUUAUCUUAAUUUAACUUUCUCCUAAUAGUUUCUCUUACAAUUUUAUAGAUGCUAGCUUCAAGAUUGUUUUCCAGUGAACUGAUUAAUUCCCCGUUUGAGGAAUGUGAAAUCAAGUCGAUAGCCUGUAUUGUUGGGGAAGUUCGUGUCAUUUGUUUUACUUAUUCACAGGAAUAAUGAUCUGAAAUUCUACAUAUUAUUUCGAAAAAGAAUUCUCAACUGUUAUGAACUCUACUCAAGAGUUGAGCCUGGAGGAGCAUGAAGAUCAACUUGGGCCUGCUCUAAAUUAAGAUGCAGUGAAAGAGCUAG